AGGAGAAGAAGAGGAACUACGACUAGAGGAGAGGAAGAGGACGUGUUUCGCACUUGCCAAAGUAACAAUUGGAUUUGUACGUAUUCAGAAACAGUCGUUUGCCUGUGCUUGUUAGCUAGUGCUGAUGUUAGCGUAACGUUGGUUCAGGUAUGUCCUCCCACAGUAGCGCUGCCGCGGGGAUUCACGUUCUUCUUUUAAAACUUCACGAGUCGCUUUCAGACGAAGAUGCUCGAGCUGCAGCUUUGAAAUGCCACGAUAUUGUGCGUGACCUGGGACAAGAGUGGCUUCCAACGCCGAACGAGAGUGAACUUGCUUUACAGACUUCCUUAUUGCUCUCCAAAGACUACGGACUGCUCAGCUUCCUCAGGAAGUCCAUGCAGUUAGAUGAGCUCCGGGACACCAGAGUGGAGAUCAUAUGUUUUUUAGAGGCAUUCUUGGACAGGGUUUCACCAGGAGUCAAAGGCUGGGAGAAGACUUAUGCCAUUGACAUACGAGACACUUGCAUCGCUGUCUACACAAAGGAUAAAGUAGCUAAAUGCAGGACUCCAGUGCUGGAGCUGCUUAUUAAGGUUCUCCAAAUAACAAAGGCCUCCAGUGUUGUUGCAGACUUCAGAAUUGGUGAAAUAUUCAACAGAUAUUAUGGCGAGCUUUGUGACAAGAGCAAACUACCAGAUUCUGUACUUGGUAAAAUCUACGAGCUGCUGGGGAUUCUUGCAGAGGCUCACCCUAGUGAGAUGGUCACCAACUCUGACAAACUCUACAGAGCCUAUCUAGGGGAGCUAAAGGAGCAGAUGACCUCUUCAACAAGAGAACCAAAGCUUUUAGUUGCUGCUGGAUGUUUGAGAGGAAUCACUGCCCUAAUGGUUAACUUCACUAAAACCAUGGAAGGAAACCCAGCAAUGUCUAAGGAGAUUUUUCAGUAUGCCCUGAAGGCAAUCAGUCCGCAGAUGGAAAUGAGUCGCUACGCUGUCACAGUUGCUGGGCUUAGAUUAUUUGCCAGACAUGCAUCCCAGUUCAGCAGCUGCCUUAUGGACCACUACAGAACUUUGUUCGAGGUCAUGUCGAAGCUCUGCGGACACAUCAAUGGUGAGAUGAAGAAGACGAGUUACUAUGCACUGGAGGCUUUCCUCAAACAGGUUGCAGUGCUGGUGGCAGAAGAUAUUGACAAACACAAAAGCAAGUUGAAGUUCUUCAUGGAGAAGUUCUGUGACAUCAUUAAGACUAUGAACUCCACACACAAAGAGUUGUCGAUUGCCAUACGAGGAUAUGGAUUCUUUGCUGCUCCAUGCAAGAAGGUUUGCCCACAAGAUGUUGACCUGAUGUUCACAGAGCUGAUUCAGCGCUGCAAGCAGAUGUACCUGACCGAGUCUGACGGGGAGGACGACAGCCUGUACCAGCUGCCCAGCUUCCUGGACUCUAUAGCCAGCGUCCUGAUUCAUCUGGACAAGGUCCCAGAGGUGUACACGCCACUCCUGGAACGUCUCCUCGUAGUGCAGAUUGACAGUUAUCCUCAGUACAGUGAGAGAAUGCAGACCACUUGCUGCAGGUCCAUCCUUAAGGUGCUGGUGGCCAUAGCCUCUAAAGGACCUGUGUUAUGGAGCUUCAUUAGUUCUGUGGUGCACCAGGGUUUGAUCCGAGUGUGUUCAAAACCCAUACUUUCAGAGGACAAAGACGGUGGAAAUGGUCCUUCUCAGUCUUCCCAAGUUCGUGCUGGAAAAUGGAAAGUUCCAUCUAGUCAGAACUACCUCGAUCUGUUUAAAGAGCUUUUAGACUGCGAUCACUUGAAGGAUUCUGGAUUUUUGGAUGGAGCAUUUGAAAGUCAGAACGCUGCUCUUGUGUCUUUGAGUCGACUUCUUUAUGAUGAGCUGAUGAAAUCAGUUAUCCGUGUUCUGGACAAAUUGGACUUGUCUGUGCAGAAAUUGACAACAGGAGAGGAGAACCCAGAUGAUGCAGCCCAUGUCCUGCCCUCUUCUGACCCCACAGCUCAUCUGGUGCCCAAUAAGGUCAAAGACUUCACAGCCUUUAUCAACCUCGUGGACUUCUGCAGCAAGCUGUUGCAGACUAAACACACGGAGUAUUUUGAGACGUGGAUGUAUCCCUUAAGCAAGGAAUUUAUCCUUCACUCCAUACAAAAUCCACUGGUCAGUGGCUUUUACAAACUGCUCUCUGUCAACAUGAAAAUUGCCAAGAGAAUCAAGUACUACCAGGGAGUUGACCUGAGAAGCUCUGCAUCCCCCCAGAGUGACAAAGUGAAAAGUGCUUGUUUUGAACUCUUCUCAAAGUUUGGAAAAGAGGUGUGUGUGAGAAUGAAGCAGUACAAAGAUGAGCUGCUGGCAUCCUGCUUGACAUUUGUCCUCUCCCUGCACCACAGCAUUGUGUGUUUGGACAUCAAGGCCUACUGCUCAGCUCUCGAGGCAGCUCUGAAAUUGGGUCUCAGCCAUGUUCCUUUGGCCGACGCAGCCCUGGAUGCCCUGGAAGACUGGUCGUCCCACAUUCCGUUGGAGACCAUGCAGCCCUGCUACACCAGUAUUCUUCCUCCACUGGAUGGAUACCUGAAAUCCACAGCCAACAACAACAAGGACGAGAGCCUCUGGGAGGUGAUGUCAUCAUCAUCUUCAAGACAUGACAGAGGGUACAGCAGAGUGAUGAUGAAGCUUCUGAAACGAUCCAACCAGCUUCCCACGGAAGAUGCUCCUCUAGCCCUGGUGAGGCUCAGGGUGGUGAAACUGCUUGGUCACCUGGGUGGAAAGCUGAACAGGAACCUUGUAACUGAGGCUUCAUCAGAGGAAGGCAUGAAGAAAUGUGUGGCCUGGGACUCUGAGAAAAGGCUGAACUUGGCGGUGCCAUUCACCGAUAUGAAGCCAGUCAUCUACCUUGACCCAUUUCUACCUCGUGUCAGUGAACUGGCUCUGUCCACAAGUGACAGACAAACCAAAGUAGCAGCUUGUGAGCUGCUCCACAGCUUGGUCAUCUACAUGGUUGGGAAGAGUGCUCAGAUGGUUGAAGAGAAGAAUAGUUUGUCGCCCAUGUACAAGUUACACAAGAGGCUGUUUCCGGUGCUGCUGCGUCUGUCCUGUGAUGUCGAUCAGGUAACCAGACAGCUCUUUGAGCCUCUCGUUAUGCAGCUGAUUCACUGGUUCACAAACAACAAGAAGUUUGAAAGCCAGGACACAGUAGCUGUUCUAGAUGCCAUACUGGAUGGUGUGGUUGACCCUAAGGACAGCACUCUGCGAGACUUCUGUGGCCGCUGCAUCGAAGAAUUUGUCAAAUGGUCAGUCAAACAGACCAUUCCAGUGCAGCAGGAGAAGAGCCCUGCCAACAUGAAGUCAUUAUUUAAGCGGAUCUACAGCUUGGCACUCCACCCCAGUGGGUUCAAAAGGCUUGGUGCUGCCUUAGCAUUCAACAAUAUCUACAGACUCUUCAGGGAGGAAAAUUCUUUGGUGGACCAGUUUGUCUUUGAAGUUCUUAUCAUAUUUGUCGAAAGUCUGGCUCUUGCACACACAGAUGAGCAAUCUAUAGGUACACUGCAGCAGUGUGGUAGUGCCAUUGACCAUCUGAAGAGGAUCAUCACAUACAAGGCCCCCGCUCUCAGUCAGCACAAUGCUAAGAGACGUGUUCCAAGGGGCUUUCCACCUGAUAAAAAGCUGUGCCUGACCGAUGUGGUUUUAUGGCUUUUGGAACAAUGUGGCCGACCUCAGACUAAAUGUCGCCACAAAUGCAUGGAGCUCUUUUAUGAGUUUGUUCCUCUCCUUCCAGGAAAGAAGUCUCCAUCUCAGUGGCUAGAUGACAUACUGAAGGAUGAGGGUAUAGUUUAUCUGGUCUUGCGGUUCGAAAGCGGAGGUCUUCUCUCCCAGCCCACCCUCAGAGAUCUGAUGGGCCCUUUCAGUGUCAGAGCCACCCUGCAGUGGAUGGACCUCCUGCUGGCUGCCCUCGACUGCUACACCACAUUCAUCCGCUUACACACAAUCAAGCCUCAACACAUGCUCUGCUCCAAAGACAAGUCAAGUUUUCUGAAAGCUGUUAAUUUCUUUUUAACUGAGCUGGCUACUCGAGACCUAGUAGCAGCAGAGUGCUGCUUCCCUCUCAGAGAAAAGGCUUCUCACUUCAGCCCUAGAGAGGUGGACCAGUACAACUACAGCAAGUGUACCAUCAUUGUUCGCCUGCUGGAGUUUGCCACAAUGAUUCUUGUCAAAGGAGAGCAGGAGUUGUGGAAGGCUCUGGAGCAAGAUAUUUUUUGCGCAGCUUUUUUUGAGCUGACUGCACUCGUGGUGUGUGAGCCAUCCGCUGUAGGUUUCAACGUGGCAGAUGUGGAGAUAAUAAAAAACUUACCAGGGGUAUGUGUUCCUCUGCUGAAGGCCCUGCUGACCUCAGUGUACCGUACUCGUCUUGAAAGCAGUUUGCAGACAAAGAUCUCACGUAAAAGUGUGGAGGAACUGUGUGCUGUGGACCUCUACCACUCUAGCACUCUGAGCCGCCAUGACCAGAUGGAGAUGGUUCUGUCUUCUUGUAAGCAGAUUGACAAAGCUGGCUUCCUCAGCUCCAUUCUGCACAGCCAGGAUUCAGGCUACGCCAAGUGCCUUGGGCACCGACUUCUUAUGACGGUGUAUAAAGGCAUAGCACCCGGCGACGACAGGAAGGCACUUCCAUCCUUGGACAUAAAUAGUAGGAGGGUAGCAGAUGGCUUACUUCAGCUUGCCUUUUCUCUUAGUCGACAGAGUGAGCUGCUGGUGGACUUGCUGUUGAACACUGUCAUGCUUUCUGUGCCGCUAUCUGGAAGUCACAGCCACAACUUCCUGAGCUUCUCACAUGGCGAGUAUUUCUACAGCCUCUUCCAGGUGACCAUCAAUACUGAGCUGCUGAGAAGCCUUGACAUCACAAUACCACGUUUCAUGGAAGCUUCCUCUAAGAAUCCCAGCAUGGUGAGUGUGUUGCUGAAUGGCAUGUUGGACCACAGCUUCAGAGAGCGCUCUGUAAGGAACACUCAGGGAAAACAGCUGGUUGAUGAGGUGCUAAGAAGGUGGAAUAGUCUGCAGUCAUGGUGGGAAGGAAAGGCUUGCACUCCAGAAAGCAAAACUGCUACUCUUUUGCUGCUCUCCAAGCUCCUGCAGAUUGAUUCCUCUGUCUGCUCCAGUGUCAACCAUGAAGCGUUCCAGUCUGUUUUCUCCACAUUCACUAUGCUACUCAUUGACAAGAAUCUGCCGCUGAAUCUCAAGAGUCAGGCUCUGUUGGUGUUGCCCUUCUUCACAACCCUCCCAGAGGAGCCGCUGGCCGAGCUGCAGACAGCCCUUGAUUCCCUGGUAGCUUCGCACUUUCCCAUGCAGUCUGAUGAGUUCGCUAAGGGUUCGCUUCACCGCAACAACUACAUGGACUGUGUCCGAAAGUUGCUGGAUGCCCUGGAGCUUUCAAAGAGCCCACUCCUGCUUCAGCUGCUGGCAGGAAUUCUGUGUCGGGACAGAAAACACAUCAUGGAGGAACAAUUCCAAACCUGUUUCCAAAGAAUUGCAAAGCGGUCAAACGUUGAGCGGCAGCUGAAGCUGCUGUGUACAGUGUAUGAAGUGAUCAAGCAGGGGGACGUGCCGGUGAACUCCGCGCUGCAGGCCAUGACGGAGAGGGUUCUGCUGCCGCUGGCCUCUCACUGCAGCACCAAGGCCCUUAAUGACUUCUUUGUGGCAAAUGUGUCUGACAUUAUUGCUUUGCUGCUCAGUCGCUUCACCAAGGCAAGCGAGACAGCAUUUGAGAUCCAGCUGCUGAAGAAGAACGGCUGCUACAAGCUGAUGGAGCUCCUGUAUUCUCGGCUUUCCAAAGAGGAGGUAUACUCCAAGGAAUCCCAGAUUAAUCAAGCCUACUGUCGUUCAGACAAGACAGAAGGGAAUGAGAUGUCCAAGAUCUUAAUAAAGUCAUGUUUUGAAGCAUUCACUGAGAACAUGGCUGGUGAAACUCAGCUCCUUGAACUCAGGAGACGUUAUCACUGUGCUGCCUACAACUGUGCCAUCGCUGUCAUCAGCUGCAGCUUCAGCGAGCCCAAAUUCUACCAUGGCUUCCUCUUCAGUGAGAAACCAGAGAAGAAUCAGUUCAUUCUGGAAAAUAUCAUUGAUGUUAAAAGGACCUACAGCUUUCCAAUUGAAAUUGAGGUUCCACUUGAGAGAAAGAAGAAAUACAUAAUGAUCCGAAAAGAAGCGAGCGAGGAGAGUGAAGAAGUGCCAGUUUACCUGUCCUCCCAGUCUUACAUGGCUGACAGCAGCCUUAGUGAGGAGAUGAGUCAGUUUGACUUCUCUACCGGAGUCCAGAGCUUUUCCUUCAGCUCCCAAAACCCAGAAGGGCAAAGACGCCUUGUUGGAAAAAGAGUUAGUGAGGAGACAGAGGAGACAGUUCCCUCCCAAGAUGCAAUGGUGGAUCUGGAGAUGGAUGAGCUAAACCAGCAUGAAUGCAUGGCAACCUUAACUGCCCUUAUUGGACACAUGCAGAGGAACAGCAUAACUCCCAAAGUUGAACAGGGAUGUGUGCCUAGUGAACUUCCCCCAUGGAUGAAAUUUCUGCAUGGAAAACUGGCAAAUCCAGCAACACCUCUGAAUAUUAGACUCUUCAUCUCAAAGCUGAUCAUCAACACCGAGGAGGUUUUUCGACUCUAUGCCAAGCACUGGCUGGGACCGCUGCUGCAGCUCGUUGUCUCUGCAAACAACGGAGGAGAGGGCAUUCAUUUUAUGGUGGUGGAGGUUGUGGUCACAGUGCUCUCUUGGACAAGCCUGGCCAGCCCUAAGGGUAACCCCAGAGAUGAAGUACUCGCCAACCGGCUGUUUGAGUUCCUGAUAAAGAACAGCUUCCACCACAAGAGGGCUGUUUUUCGACACAACCUGGAGAUCAUUCGCACUCUGGUAGAGUGUUGGAAGGACUGUCUGCAUGUGCCUUUCAGUCUUGUAUAUGAGCAGUUCUGUGGCACUGACCCAAACAGCAAAGACAAUUCUGUUGGACUUCAGCUCCUGGGAAUCAUCCUGGUCAACAGCCUCCCCGCGUAUGAAGCCUCAUGUGGAAUCGAAUAUGAGAGGUACAUCCAGGCUCUCACUAACAACCUGUCCUUUGUGAGGUAUAAAGAUGUCUACUCAGCUGCUGCUGAGAUUGUCGGCCUCGUCCUGAAGAAUAUGACUGACGCGGGAAAGCAGCAUCAAGAUCUUCUCAGUCUUGCUGAAAGCAAGAUAACAAAUCUAAAGAAAAAAGACCUGGAUGACAAGUUCAUUAUUUGCUUGAACAAAGUGUCAAAGCACUAUCCUCCAUUUAUGGACCGGUUUGUCAACUACGUGUUCUCCCUCCUGCCGAAGUUGCAUGGCAUCUUAAAGACUCACUGUUUGGAGUGCGUGCUGAGUCGGGCCGAUGUCAUCCCAGACAUCUUUCUGCAUUUGAAGACCACAGGCUUUAUCCAGUUGCUGGGCCACAGGGACGAAGCCAGGCAGAGGGUGUGUCUGGAUCUCAUUCACAAGAUUCUUAGCCGUCUGAGUCCACCUGAGCUUCAGGAGCUUGUGGGAGCCAUAACGGCCUUUGUCUCCCAUCCUUCGCCGGUGUGCAGAGAGAGGAUGUAUGACAUCCUUAUGUGGAUCCAGGACAACUACAGUGACACAGAGACCAUGGAAGACGACACCUCAGUAGAGAUUUUGAACACAACUAAGGAAACGCUGCUACAGGGACUUUCUGAAGAAAACCAGGGUCUUCAGCUUUAUGUUCAGAACUUCUGGAGCCAAGAGAGACGUCUUCCUACUGCAACCCUUGACCGCCUGCUGGCAGUGCUUCGUUCACUGUACUCCUGUCAAAUAGAAAGGAGUUUCUUAAGCUUGGCUACCAAUCUGAUGCUGGAAAUGACCAGUCAGAGUCCUGACUUCACACGAAACAUGUUUGAGUAUCCUCUGUCAGAGUGUACCUUCCAGGAUUAUGUCAUUGACUCCAACUGGCGCUUCAGAAGCACAGUGAUGACUCCCAUGUUUGUUGAAACCCAAAGCUCUCAAGAGAGUGUGGUGACCUCUCAGUCGGGAGUCAUGAAGGGGAAGCUCAGAGCCACUCAGACAUCCCUGGUGUUCACCCAAACCCAAACAUCAGGUCGACGUACAGCCUACAACUGGCUAACGGGCAGCACUGUGGAUACUCUAGCAGAGUACACUCCUGGCUCUGAAGCUCUGUCUUCACUGUUGGUGUUCAAUAAGAAAGCAGAGGGACAAGCUACAGCCAGGAGACCAGUAGGAGAGGGAUUUGGCCUGAGGCGCCUUACUGCAUCAACCACUGAGGUGGACAGUCGCACUAGAGCAGAAAAUGAGCAGCGUAAUAACAUCCUAAGACUGAGACGCAGAUUUCUCAAAGAUCAGGAGAAAGUCAGCUUGAGUUAUGCCCAAAAGGAGAUCCGACAGCAACGGCAGAAAAAGGAAGAAAAGGCUGAUAAAAGGCUGCGAAAAGAGGCUCAGGUGAGUCUCUAUCGCAGCUACAGAGUGGGAGAUUUCCCAGACAUCCAGAUCCAGUACAGUAGUCUCAUUGCCCCUCUACAGGCACUGGCCCAGAGAGACCCGAUUUUUGCCAAACAACUGUUCAGCUCCCUGUUUGCUGGUGUCCUCCAAGAAAUGGACAAACGCGACCCAAGUAAGAGUGAGAGUGUUAAAGAGGAGCUGCGGUGCAACAUGAAUGCUUUCCUGAGCAGGAGUACACUCUGCUUCCCCCCUUUCAUAGCAUGUGUACAGGACAUGUGCUUCCAGCAUAAGGAACUGCAGCAGCUCGAUCCAGCAGCCGUCAGCUCCACCAGCAUUGUGAGUGUGCAGCAGCCAUCGGGCAUCCUGCUGCUGGAAGAGAGCUUGCUGCACACCGCUGUCCAAGAUGAACCUCCAGCAAAACGACCACGCGGACGUAAAGAUAUCCACAUAGACACCAAAAAAUGGAUCCAUCUUGCAAAGCUUUACAGGUCUUUGGGUGAUUAUGAUGUCAUGCGCAGCAUCUUUGGUGGUAAAGUUGGGACCAAGUCAGUCACCAGUGAAGCGCUUCAAGCUGAAGCAAACAGUGACUUUGCUGAAGCUGUGAAGCUUUACAAUGAGGCUCUCAAUACUGAGGACUGGAGUGAUGGUGAGCCCACUGACUCUGAAAAGGACUUCUGGGAAAUGGCUGCUAUGGAAUCCUACAGUCAUUUGACUGAGUGGAAGUCACUGGAGUACUGCUCCACAGUGAACAUAGAUGAAAACUCCCCACCCAACCUUGACAAAAUGUGGUCAGAGCCUCUGUACCAGGAAAUGUAUCUCCCACACAUGAUGCGCAGCAUGUUGAAACAGCUGCAGCUGGGUGAGAGGGACCAAGCUCUUCUUAGCUUUGUUGACAAAGCCAUGAAGGUGGAGGAGCACAAGAAGCUGCUGGAAAGUCACUACAGCCAAGAGCUCAGCUUGCUGUACAUCCUGCAGGAGGACUAUGACCGUGCUAAAUACUACACCAACUAUGCCAUGCAGCUCUUUAUGGAGAGCUACUCCAGUGUGGAUACAGUGUUGACUGAGAGUCGGCUGAGCAUCCUGCAGUCAGUGCAGGCCUUAACUGAGAUCCAGGACUUCCUGCUGUUCAUCAAAAGAGAGGUGUCUGUGAGCUCCCUCAAGCAGCUCAUCAGAUUGUGGACUGAGCGGUAUCCUGAUGCUAAAGUGGAUCCAGUGAAUGUUUGGGACGACGUCAUUACAUCUCGAUGUUUCUUCUUGGACAAGAUCAGGGAAAAGCUGAAGGGCCACCCUCCCCGUGACCUUAUGGAAGCGGAUGGUUCGGAAGACCCAGCAUGUGAUGUUGAUGCACUAAUAAAUGACUGCAGGUUCAGCAUGAAGCUGCACAUGGCUGACAGUGCACUGAAGCAGAAUAACUUUCCUGUUGCUACCAAGCUGCUGAAGGAACUUCAAAGAGAAGCCAAAACAAACAGAGGCUGGUUGAUGCAGUGGGUCCACAGUUUUAGCCACUACAGCCAUAAACGCAGCCAGGCCCAAGAUCCAGUGGAGCAAAUCAGUGCCAUGCUGAAGACCAUCCCUCUCCUGGAGGACCUUCAGGCUGACUGUCAGAGUGCCACGGCUAAAGUAUUCAGACAGCAGAAGAUACUCGAGGCUCGGUCUUUGUACAUCCUGGCCACAGCUGUUGGCAGAAGCCCCUCGGUCCUGGAGGCUAUCGAAACUGAGAAAGCAGAGAGAGUUGUAAGGCUUUCUGGAGCUGCUUGGCCCAAUGAAAAUCCAAAGAAUGUGGCAGUAGGGCUGCAGGCUCAAGCGCUGAAGUUGUUAUGUGAUGCUGCCAGAAAGGCUGAUGAGGAGCUUCAGUCUUAUACCAAGGACUGUGUGGAAACCAGCAGCAUUGUAGAUGCAUACAUGACUUUGGCUGUCUUCUGUGACAAAGAACUACGAGAGGAGGAACAGACUGAUAACAAAAAUCAAUUUCCAGAUGCUCUGGCACUGCCUGUUCAUUUAGUGCAGAGCACACUGAAAGCACUGAAGCUGAACUCGGAGGAAGCUCACCUCAGGUUCCCACGUCUGCUGCAGAUCAUUGAGCUGUACCCUGUUGAGACACGAGACCUCAUGACAACAGAGUUGAUGUCGGUUCCCUGCUGGAUGCUGAUUGGCUGGAUCAGUCAAAUGGUUGCUCUCUUGGACAAGCCAGAAGCGGUGACAGUACAAAACAUUAUUGAGCAGAUAGCCGAGUGCUACCCACAAGCCCUGGUGUAUGCUCUCAUGACCAGCAGCGAGAGUUACCGGUUUGAGGACUCUGCUAUCGGACACCAGCAGCAGGAGUGCAUUAACAGACUUAGGAGCAUGCUGGAUAAAGGUGGCGCUGUGCAGAACUUUGUGGAUGCACUGCAGCAGCUUACAAAUCCUGACAUGAUUUUUAAGGAUUGGUGGGACAGUGUGAAAAAUGAACUGGGGAAACCGAGCCUUGACGGCAAGCGGAUAGCCGAGGUGUAUGAUGACAUGUACCGCUUGCUCGGGGAUCGUAACACAGAUGGUCAUGGACCGUUUCGAAAGAAGUUUAUCCAAAAAUUUGCCAAAGAUGUGGAGAGGCUGCUGGGACCUAAAGGCAGCAAGCUGUUUGAGAAGAGGAAAGACAAAAAAUUUGUGCAGCAAGUGGAUGACCUGGUGGCAUCCAUGCGUGAAUUUCAGUCUAAGAACAAAGAACCUGGGAACCUGAAGGAAUACUCACUCUGGUUGAAUGGAUUUAAAGCGGAUGCAUUCAGCAGUGAGCUGGAGAUCCCAGGACAGUACUGUGGCCGAUCUAAACCACUGCCAGAAUAUCAUGCAAAAAUAACGGGCUUUGAUGAAAGGGUAAAGGUGAUGUCCUCCAUUCGUCGUCCCAAACGUCUGAUCAUCCGCGGUGAUGAUGAGCGGGACCACUCGUUUCUGGUGAAGGGUGGGGAGGACCUCCGCCAGGACCAGCGCAUAGAGCAGCUUUUUGGUGUCAUGAAUGUUUUGCUAAGUCAUGAUGCUGCCUGCGCACACAGAGGCUUGCUGCUCCGCACCUAUCAAGUCAUUCCCAUAACCACAAGAAUUGGUGUAAUUGAAUGGAUGGAGAAUACUUGUACUCUGAAGGAGUUCCUGCACAGCACAAUGACUGACGAGGAACAUAAAAGUGCAGGGAGGGCUGCUGAAUUCUACAUUAAAUGGCUCUCGAGCUUUGAUCCAAAGUCAAAUGCACAUAUUUCACUAUAUGUUCUGACCUACAAGAAGGCAAAUCGUGCACAAACGGUCAGUAACUUUGUGAAGGUGUUGCAGCAUGUGCCCAGUGAUCUUCUGAAGAGAGCUUUUCUGAAGAUGUGCAAUAGUCCUGAGGCCUUUCUUUCCUUGCGGUCUCACUUUAGCAGCUCUCAUGCUUUGCUGUGUGUGAGCCACUGGGUUCUAGGUAUUGGAGACCGCCAUCUCUCCAACUUUAUGAUCAACAUGGAAACAGGAGGCAUGAUCGGCAUCGACUUUGGUCACGCAUUCGGUUCAGCUUCUCAGUUUCUCCCUGUGCCGGAGCUCAUGCCUUUCCGGCUGACCAGACAGUUUGUGAAUCUAAUGGAACCCUUGAAGGAAGGCUUGAUCAAGAGCAUCAUGGUUAAUUCCCUGCGAGCCUACAGGGCUGAGCCAGAUCUCUUGCUUACCACCAUGGAUGUGUUUGUCAAGGAGCCCUCGUUGGACUGGAAGAACUUUGAGCUGAAACAGCUGAAGAAAGGAGGCACGUGGACGAAGGACGUAAACAUCAAAGAAAUCAACUGGUAUCCAUUACAGAAGGUGAACUUUGCCAGAAGAAAACUAGAAGGAGCUAAUCCAGCUGUUAUAACCAGUGAGGAACUGAAGCUGGGCUUUGAGAAGGACAAGGAUGCCUUCUCGGGGUUGCAGUCUGUGGCUAGAGGGACUAAGGAGCACAACGUUCGUGCUAGGCUUCCAGAUGCCGGUUUGUCAGUGGAGCGGCAGGUGGACUGUCUGCUUGACCAGGCCAUGGACCCAAAUGUGCUUGGCAGAACCUUUGCGGGCUGGGAACCAUGGAUGUGAUCUUCCUGAUUUAUGAAAAACUUCUAAGUAAUCAUUUGCAGUAACUGGUGUGCAUGUUUAGUACGGAUCUUAGACACAUCUAGAAUGUCAGGAAAUGUACAGGAAAGGAAAUUUACAUCCACGUGAUCUCAAACAUUUCUUCUCUUGUACCUGUGAAAAGUUAUUGCCAUGUAGUUUGUUUUGGCACUUUGUAUGACAGGAUCAGCAUAUUGAACUGAACACCACCAAUUCGAGAUUAAAAUCUAAGUCUGGGAAAAAGAAAUUUGGGUAUUGCAUUACUUUAAGAAUUAGUUUUUAAAUUGGAGACAGAAUGGGCAUAAAUAUGAUCAUUUUGCCAUUUCUUGCACUUGUAUUCUGAUGGAAACACAUCAUUAGUGUUAUUAAUAUAAUGUUUCUUCUAAUAAGGCAAUAAACAGUGUU